UCCAACCAUAGCGAGGGAGAGAGAUUGUGGCAAGUGGUGUGGAGUGGUGCUGCUGCUCGAACGGGUGCCAGUCGGUGGUGGAUCGUUCAGUAAGUGCCAAGCGUUGUCGCCUCCACUGAUAGCUGCUUUUUCCUCGGUCGUCGCGUCGUCGGUUGUCUAACGGUAUAUUGCGGCAAAUUGGCAGCGAGAAGCCCGCGCUAAUAAUAAUUUUAAAAAUACUAAAAAAAGUAUCUAUCAAAAAGUGGAAAAUCUCCAAUCAGAGGAUCGGAAAUCCAUAUCAAGCAUACGCCCCAAUCACCGACAAUUAACUUUGCUGAUAAAAGUGCUACGGACCGAGCGAGAGAUCGACAAGAUGCAUGUGCCAUUAUAGAAAGGAAAAAAAGGGAAGGAAAUCUUUGGAGCAGUAUCAUAGCCACUAAGCAGGUCCUGCAUUGAACCUUUGUUAUAUAUGGAAUACCGAUAACUGAUAUUAUAUAUCUUAGAGUACUGUGAACUUGAGUGUUAACUUUUAACUACAUAUAUAGAAAACCCGCUCAUACACACACACAAAGAACCUACAAAAUGGGUAAAGAUUACUAUAAAACCUUAGGGCUGCCAAAAACUGCCACCGAUGAUGAGAUCAAAAAGGCCUACAGGAAACUGGCCCUUCGCUAUCAUCCCGAUAAAAACAAAGCCGCCAAUGCCGAGGAGAAGUUCAAGGAGGUCGCCGAGGCCUAUGAGGUCCUGUCGGACAAGAGCAAGCGGGAGGUGUACGAUAAAUACGGCGAGGAUGGUCUGAAGAGUGGCGGAACACGAAAUGGCGGUCCCUCGACCAACUCUUUCACAUAUCAGUUCCAUGGAGAUCCGCGUGCCACAUUUGCCCAGUUCUUUGGCAACAGCAAUCCGUUCGCCUCGUUCUUUGACAUGGGCGACAAUCUGUUUGACAAGAACGUCUUUGAUCUGGACACGGAACCCGACUUUUUUUCAUCGCCCUUCGGUGGCAUUGGAUCCCGUCAUGGUCUCGGAAGUGCCUUUAGGCCCUCUUUCAGGUCACACUCCUUCAAUGUGCACACGCCUUUUAAGAAGGAGCAGAAGCAGGAUCCUCCGGUUGAGCAUGAUCUCUAUGUGACGCUCGAGGAGAUCUACCACGGCUGUGUUAAGAAAAUGAAAAUCUCCCGGCGCGUCGUCCAGCCCGAUGGUAGUUCCCGCAAAGAGGACAAAGUCCUGCAGAUAUCCAUCAAGCCGGGCUGGAAGUCCGGCACCAAGGUCACCUUCCAGAAGGAGGGAGACCAGGCGCCCGGCAAAAUCCCCGCCGACAUUGUGUUCAUCAUCAGGGACAAGCCCCAUGCGAUGUUCAAGCGUGAGGGCAGCGAUCUGCGCUACACGGCGAGACUGACGCUCAAACAGGCUCUGUGCGGCGUUGUCUUCCAAGUUCCUACCAUGUCCGGCGACAAGUUGCGCAUCAGCACCAUGCAGGAGAUCAUCAAGCCCAACACGGUGAAACGGAUUCAAGGAUACGGCCUGCCCUUCCCCAAGGACACCACCCGCAAGGGCGAUCUCCUGGUGGCCUUCGACAUCCAGUUCCCGGAGAAGCUGACCGCUGCCCAGAAGGAGGUGCUCAGGGACAUGUUAUGAGCGACUUGGACGACUCAAACUCUCCCAUAAGUCCGAUGGAAUCGGACUUAGUCAUCCCACAACACACACACACACACAGCACUAAAAAUCAAACCGAAUUCAUAUAUUUCUCUACGUUCUAUUCAUUGUUUAACAUCGCAUCGACGAGGUCUUUCCCCAUUUUGCUUGUUUUUUGUGUUCAGAUCUGCGCAUUUUUUACAGGAACUCUAUAUUAACAAUCGGUUUUGCUCAUUGACGUCGCGAACAUGUUUGCAUAAUAUGUAUGUAUGUUGACCAUAGUUAUUAUAUCAUUAAUUCUUAAUUUAUUUGUCUAAAUUAAAGCUACAUUUAAUAAAAAUUACACACACAUUGAAACAUGUGGAAGAAAAAACAAGCGAAUAUGAAAGAGUUUU